CCGACUCUGGCUUCCGGGUUGGGAGACUCGGCCGCCGCCUGUGCCCGCGGAGCUGCCAGACCUGAGCGGGUCCGAGUGCGCGAGCGCUGUGCCGCGACCAGGGGCCAGGAUGCCGUACGAGAUCAAGCAGGUGUUCGCCAGCCUGCCCCAGGUGGAGCGCGGCGCCUCCAAGAUCCUCGGCGGGGACCCCAGAGGCCACAACUUCCUCUACACCAAUGGCAAGUGCGUCAUCAUCCGGAACCUGGAGAACCCCGCCAUCGCAGACAUCUAUACGGAACACGCCCAUCAAGUCGUGGUGGCCAAGUACGCGCCCAGCGGAUUCUACAUCGCGUCUGGAGACGUCUCCGGGAAGCUCCGGAUCUGGGACACCACCCAGAAGGAGCAUCUCCUCAAGUACGAGUACCAGCCUUUUGCCGGCAAGAUCAAGGACGUGGCCUGGACUGAAGACAGCAAGAGGAUCGCGGUGGUUGGGGAAGGGAGAGAGAAGUUCGGCGCGGUCUUCCUCUGGGACACCGGCUCCUCCGUCGGGGAGGUGACCGGACACAACAAAGUGAUCAACAGCGUCGACAUCAAGCAGAGCAGGCCUUACCGGCUGGCCACGGGCAGCGACGACAACUGCGCGGCCUUCUUCGAGGGGCCGCCGUUCAAGUUCAAGUUCACCAUCGGCGACCACGGCCGAUUCGUCAACUGCGUCAGGUUCUCUCCGGACGGGAGCAGAUUCGCCACGGCGGGCGCCGACGGCCAGAUCUACAUCUACGACGGGAAGACCGGAGAGAAAGUCUGUGCCCUGGGAGGAAGCAAGGCUCACGACGGGGGCAUCUACGCCAUCAGCUGGAGCCCCGACAGCAGCCAUCUGCUCUCCGCUUCCGGAGACAAGACGGCCAAGCUGUGGGACGUCGGCGCCAACUCGGCGGUGAGCACGUUCGCCAUGGGCGCGACCGUGCUGGACCAGCAGCUGGGCUGCCUGUGGCAGAAGGACUACCUGAUAAGCCUCUCCCUCUCGGGCUACAUCAACUACCUGGACAAGAACAACCCCGAUAAGCCGCUCCGGGUCAUCAAGGGCCACAGCAAGUCCAUCCAGUGCUUGACGGUUCAUAAAAACGGCGGCAAAUCGUACAUCUACUCGGGGAGCCACGACGGACACAUCAAUUACUGGGAUUCCGAGACGGGGGAGAACGACUCCUUCGCCGGGAAGGGCCACACCAACCAGGUGUCCAGGAUGGCCGUGGACGAGGCCGGGCGGCUGGUCAGCUGCAGCAUGGACGACACCGUGCGCUACACCGACCUCGGCCUGCGGGACUACAGCGGGCAGAGCGUCGUGAAACUGGACGUCCAACCCAAGUGCGUGGCGGUCGGGCCUGGGGGCUACGCGGUGGUCGUGUGCAUCGGCCAGAUCGUCUUGAUGAAGGACCAGAAGAAGUGCUUCAGCAUCGAGGAUCCCGGCUACGAGCCCGAAGUCGUGGCCGUGCACCCGUCGGGAAGCACCGCGGCCGUGGGCGGAGCAGACGGGAACGUGCGGCUGUACUCGAUCCAGGGGGCGGCGCUGCAGCACGAGGACAAGCUCCUGGAGGCCAAGGGGCCCGUGACGGACCUGGCCUACUCCCACGACGGGGCCUUCCUCGCCGUCUGCGACGCCAGCAAAGUGGUCACCGUCUUCAGCGUGGCCGACGGUUACUCGGAGAAAAACGUCUUCUACGGGCAUCACGCAAAGAUCGUCUGCAUCGCCUGGUCCCCGGACAACGAGCACUUCGCCUCGGGGGGCAUGGACAUGAUGGUCUACGUCUGGACCCUGAGCGACCCAGAGACCCGGGUCAAGAUCCAGGACGCCCACAGGCUGCACCACGUCAGCAGCCUGGCCUGGCUGGACGAGCACACGCUGGUCACCACCUCCCACGACGCCUCCGUCAAAGAGUGGACGAUCUCCUACUAGCCCCGGGGCCGCCCGGCCCUCUCCGGAAGGACCCAGUCAGGGACUUCUCUCUGCCGCGCCGCCGGCCGCGGGGAGCGGGACCGCUAGUCAUUAUCCUCCU